GUGCGAGACCGCUCCUGUGAGAGGCUGCCCCCGCCCCUCCGCCCGCCCGCUCCCUCCCUCACGGCAGAGGUGCCGGGGGGGCGGGCACUGCUCCGGGAGCCAGGAGCCGGCCGGGCGCGGCGCGGGGAGGCGGAGGCGAGGCUGGGCCGGGGGUGGAGGAGGAGGAGGAGUAUAUCCCUGCGCCUGUGCGCGCCCGGUGCAGGCGAAGGCCGGACGAGCCAGCGGAGGGGCGGGUGGGGGACCGGCUGAGGUGGUUGUGGUGUGGCGGCAGCGGCCGGAAUGGAGGGCAGCGCUAGCUCCCGUGGCGGCAUAGUGGGGCAAGUGGCCUGUUAGGAGCCGGCGAGGGGGAAAAAAAAAUCCCGUGGCCGCCCUUCCCCGCAUUCACCUCCUCCCUCGCCUUCUCCGCCGCCUUCCCCGCCCGCUUGGAAGCAUGAACUGGCAGUGGAGGUGCUGCUCCUCGCCGCCGCCUCCCCGCCGGUGAGAGCGAGGAGGGAAGGAAGAUGGGGGCCGUCCUGCGCAGCCUACUUGCCUGCAGUUUUUGUUCCCUGAUGAGAGCUUCCCCGCUGUUGCUGUAUGCAAACCGACGGGAUCUGCGGCUGGUAGAUGCUGCCAACGGGAAGGAGAACGCCACGGUGAUUGUGGGGGGCUUGGAGGAUGCAGCAGCAGUGGACUUCGUGUUUGUUAAGGGGUUGAUAUACUGGAGUGAUGUCAGCGAAGAAGCCAUUAAACGAACAGAGUUCAAUAAAUCUGGGAACGUACAAAAUGUGGUCAUUUCUGGACUUCUGUCACCUGAUGGGCUGGCAUGUGACUGGCUGGGAGAGAAAUUAUACUGGACAGAUUCGGAAACAAAUCGAAUUGAAGUUUCUAACUUAGAUGGAUCACUGAGAAAAGUUUUAUUUUGGCAAGAAUUGGAUCAGCCCAGAGCGAUUGCCUUAGAUCCUGCAAGAGGGUUCAUGUAUUGGACAGACUGGGGAGAAGUGCCAAAGAUAGAACGUGCUGGGAUGGAUGGUUCAAGCCGCUCCGUUAUAGUUAACACGGACAUAUAUUGGCCAAAUGGACUGACGUUGGAUUAUGAGGAACAGAAACUUUACUGGGCAGAUGCUAAACUGAACUUCAUCCACAAGUCAAAUCUGGAUGGAAGUCAUAGGCAAGCAGUGGUUAAAGGCUCCCUUCCCCAUCCCUUCGCUCUGACGCUGUUUGGGGACACGUUGUACUGGACUGACUGGAACACGCACUCGAUCUUGGCCUGCAGCAAGUACUCUGGGGAGGACCUGCGUGAAGUACAUUCCAACAUCUUCUCUCCCAUGGAUAUCCAUGCUUUCAGCCAGAAGAGGCAGCCAAAUGCUACAAACCCAUGUGGAAUUAAUAAUGGUGGCUGCUCCCACUUGUGUUUGAUGUCUCCUACCAAGCCCUCUUAUCAGUGUGCAUGUCCCACUGGUGUGAAACUUCUUGAGAAUGGCAAGACCUGCAAAGAUGGUGCCACUGAGCUGCUGCUUCUAGCGCGGCGGACAGACCUGAGGCGGAUUUCCUUGGACACCCCUGAUUUUACCGAUAUCGUUCUGCCCCUGGAGGACAUCCGCCACGCCAUCGCCAUCGACUUCGACCCUCUGGAGGGAUACAUCUACUGGACUGACGAUGAGGUCAGGGCCAUCCGCCGCUCCUUCAUCGAUGGCUCAGGCAGUCAGUUUGUUGUCACAGCGCAGAUUGCGCAUCCCGACGGUAUCGCUGUGGACUGGGUCGCUCGGAACCUGUACUGGACAGACACCGGCACAGACCGCAUUGAAGUCACAAGGCUAAAUGGCACCAUGAGGAAAAUCCUGAUCUCAGAAGACCUGGAAGAACCCAGAGCUAUUGUGCUGGAUCCCAUGGUUGGGUACAUGUAUUGGACAGACUGGGGAGAAAUCCCAAAGAUCGAGAGGGCAGCAUUAGAUGGCUCAGACAGAACUGUGCUGGUGAACACCUCGCUUGGCUGGCCUAAUGGACUGGCUUUGGAUUAUGCAGAAAGCAAGAUAUACUGGGGAGAUGCCAAAACAGACAAAAUAGAGGUCAUGAAUGCUGAUGGAACUGGGAGAAAAGUUCUGGUGGAGGACAAGCUGCCUCACAUCUUCGGAUUCACGUUGCUGGGGGACUACGUUUAUUGGACAGACUGGCAGAGACGCAGCAUUGAACGUGUGAAUAAGCGCACAGCAGAGAGAGAGAUCAUCAUAGAUCAGCUUCCUGAUCUGAUGGGCCUGAAAGCUACAAAUGUGCAUCAGAUCAUUGGUAUAAACCCGUGUGCCGAGGAUAACGGUGGUUGCAGCCACCUGUGUCUGUACAGGCCCCAAGGCCUUCGCUGUGCUUGCCCCAUAGGCUUGGAGCUCAUCAGUGAUAUGAAGACCUGCAUUGUGCCAGAAGCUUUCCUGCUCUUCUCUCGGAGAGCAGAUAUCAGGAGAAUCUCUUUAGAAACCAACAACAACAAUGUUGCCAUUCCGCUCACGGGAGUCAAGGAAGCUUCUGCCCUGGAUUUUGAUGUGACAGACAAUCGGAUCUACUGGACUGACAUUUCACUGAAGACCAUCAGCAGAGCAUUCAUGAAUGGCAGUGCACUGGAACAUGUGGUGGAGUUUGGCUUGGAUUACCCUGAAGGCAUGGCUGUAGACUGGCUGGGGAAGAAUUUGUACUGGGCUGACACUGGAACCAACCGGAUAGAGGUGUCCAAGCUGGAUGGGCAGCACCGCCAGGUGUUGGUGUGGAAAGAUCUGGACAGUCCUCGUGCACUGGCGUUGGACCCUGCUGAGGGGUUUAUGUACUGGACUGAAUGGGGUGGUAAGCCAAAGAUUGACCGAGCUGCUAUGGAUGGCAGUGAGAGGACCACCUUGGUACCCAAUGUGGGACGUGCCAAUGGCUUAACAAUUGACUAUGCUAAACGACGUCUCUACUGGACCGACCUCGACACCAACCUGAUAGAGUCCUCCAACAUGUUAGGCCUUGACCGUGAGAUUAUAGCUGAUGACUUGCCUCACCCUUUUGGCUUGACUCAGUACCAGGAUUACAUUUACUGGACAGACUGGAGCCGGCGCAGCAUCGAACGAGCCAACAAGACCAGUGGCCAGAACAGAACUAUCAUCCAAGGGCACCUGGAUUAUGUAAUGGACAUUUUGGUCUUCCAUUCCUCCAGACAGGCAGGCUGGAAUGAGUGUGCUUCUAGCAACGGUCACUGCUCUCACCUCUGCUUAGCAGUCCCUGUUGGUGGUUUUAUCUGUGGCUGUCCAGCUCACUAUUCCCUCAACUCCGACAACAGGACCUGUAGUGCUCCUACAACCUUUCUGUUGUUCAGUCAGAAGAAUGCAAUUAACCGCAUGGUGGUAGAUGAGCAGCAGAGUCCAGACAUCAUACUCCCCAUCCACAGCCUAAGGAACGUUCGAGCCAUUGACUACGACCCCCUGGAGAAGCAGCUCUACUGGAUUGACUCUCGGCAGAACAUCAUCCGGAGGGCACAGGAGGACGGCAGCCAGAGCCUGACUGUGGUGACAAGUCCAGUUCCCAACCAGAACCUGGAUAUGCAGCCCUAUGACCUGAGCAUUGACAUCUACAGCCGCUAUAUCUACUGGACCUGUGAAGCUACCAAUGUGAUCAAUGUCACCCGCCUGGAUGGGAGACCCUUGGGAGUGGUGCUCAAAGGAGAUCAGGAUAGGCCCAGGGCCAUUGUGGUGAAUCCAGAGAAAGGGUACAUGUAUUUCACCAACCUGCAGGAAAGGUCUCCUAAAAUCGAGAGGGCAGCACUGGAUGGAACUGAACGGGAGGUGCUUUUUUUCAGUGGCUUGAGCAAGCCUAUAGCCUUAGCCCUCGACAGCCAACUGGGCAAGUUGUUCUGGGCUGACUCCGACCUGCGCAGAAUUGAGAGCAGCGACCUGUCAGGUGCUAACCGGAUCGUGUUGGAGGACUCCAAUAUCCUGCAGCCUGUGGGCCUGACUGUGUUUGAGAACUGGCUGUACUGGAUCGACAGGCAGCAGCAGAUGAUCGAGAAGAUCGACAUGACCGGACGGGAAGGGCGCACCAAGGUCCAGGCUCGGAUUGCACAGCUCAGUGACAUCCACGCUGUGAAGGAGCUCAACCUUCAGGAGUACAGACAACAUCCUUGUUCUCAAGACAAUGGUGGCUGCUCGCACAUUUGCAUUGUGAAGGGUGAUGGCACCACACGCUGCUCUUGCCCCGUGCACCUUGUUCUGUUGCAAGACGAGCUGUCUUGUGGAGAACCACCAACAUGCUCUCCUCAGCAGUUCACCUGUUUCACAGGUGAGAUUGACUGCAUUCCGGUCGCCUGGCGCUGUGAUGGGUUCACCGAAUGUGAAGACCACAGUGAUGAGAAGAACUGCCCAGUGUGCUCAGACAGCCAGUUCCAGUGUGAGAGUGGGCAGUGCAUAGACAGUGCCCUCCGUUGCAAUGGAGAAGCAAACUGCCAGGACAACUCGGAUGAGAAGAACUGUGAAGUGCUCUGCUUAACCGAUCAGUUCCGCUGUGCCAGUGGGCAGUGCAUUGGGAAAAGCAAGAAGUGUGAUCACAACCUGGACUGCAGUGACAGCUCGGAUGAACAAGGGUGCUACACGACAGAGGAGCCUGCCCCCCAGCCCAACAACACGAUAGGCUCCAUCAUUGGGGUGAUCCUCACCGUGUUUGUGGUUGGAGCAAUGUACUUCAUCUGCCAGAGGGUGCUGUGCCCACGCAUGAAGGGAGAUGGUGAAACAAUGACCAACGAUUAUGUGGUGCAUGGACCAGCCUCUGUACCUCUUGGAUAUGUGCCUCACCCAAGCUCUUUAUCAGGGUCUCUUCCUGGGAUGUCCCGAGGGAAAUCUGUGAUCAGUUCCCUCAGCAUUAUGGGAGGGAGCAGCGGGCCACCCUAUGACAGGGCUCAUGUCACCGGAGCCUCUUCCAGCAGUUCUUCAAGUACCAAAGGCACUUACUUUCCUCCUAUUUUGAACCCACCACCAUCCCCAGCUACCGAACGCUCCCAUUACACCAUGGAAUUCGGUUACUCUUCAAACAGCCCCUCCACUCACAGAUCCUACAGCUAUCGGCCUUACAGCUACCGGCACUUCGCGCCGCCCACGACGCCCUGCAGCACGGACGUGUGUGACAGCGACUACGCCCCCAGCCGCCGGGUGACAGCAGCGACGGCGGCCAAGGGCUACACCAGCGACCUGAACUACGACUCGGAGCCCGUGCCCCCGCCGCCCACGCCGCGCAGCCAGUACCUGUCGGCGGAGGAGAACUACGAGAGCUGCCCGCCCUCGCCCUACACGGAGCGCAGCUACUCUCACCACCUCUACCCACCGCCCCCGUCCCCCUGCACGGACUCCUCAUGAGGGGCAGCACCCCCACCCCCUUCUCUGCCUCUGCCCUGGGAAGUGUAAAUAUCCAAGUGUUCUGCUGGGGAGCUCUCGGCCGUGGCUGAGGUAGGACAGUGUACAGUUAAAAGUUAUUGAAUGGGGUGGAGGAACGCUGAAGAUGUUUGUACAGAAGAAAAGAGACAGAAAAAAAUAAAAGGAUAUUUAUAUAUUUUCUUAACCAGCAACUGCUGCUUGUGCCAUAAGAAGAAAAAAUUUUUGUAUAAAAGAACCCAGACGUUUGUACAAAAAGUGUUUAUUUUUGCAAAUGGAACACAAAAACAUGCCUUAAAUCCAGUUAAGUGACUCAGCACAUAAGGAAGUGGAAGGACCGGGAUGUGUCACUUGUCCAGCGAGGUGAGCUGUGGGGGUUUGUCAAUACCAAAAAUGUUUAAAGUAAUGGAGAAUAAAGAAGUCUGCCUCAGAGCAGCAUACCAUAGAUACUUGGAAGUAGCCAAAUAACCUCUAUGUUAACUACAGAGGGCCAGCAACUGAAGUUAAACUUGAAAACGCAAUCAGGACAGAUCUGAACCUUACACAAAGGGCUUUGUUUUCUACAGGAACACAGCGAUGGUAGCAGUGAAUCCACAAAAACAAUCACUACUUUAAGUUAAUGCACCUCUGCUUUUACUUAAUGAACUUACCAAACUAGAGCCUUUAGAGCUUUCUCCCUGCUUCUGGAAUUUCAUUCAGUUUUAUCUGCUCUAUUUUAAAGUUGGUGUUUCUUUCCCCUCCUUUUUAGCUUUUCUCAUCAUCUUCUACAUCUUUUCUUCCUGCUCUUGUCACUUUAAAUCACCAUAUCCUUAUUUAAAGUACUGCUAGAACUGGGCUGCUGUAAAUUCUCCUUUUUUUUUUUUCUCUUCCAAUUAGCCUCCUCAUGCAGCCAGUAGGGGUAGGAUUCCCUCCUUCAUUUACCAGUGCAGUAGGAUUCUGUUUUAUACCAGCCAGUUUGAACAGAAAGAGAAAUAAGCUGAAAAUGGGGCAUAGACCUUCAAUUCUGUUACCAGAAUUAGUGACAAGUAGUUCUUGCUAGUGCUGCCACUAGUCUGAAGAUCUGGAGCCUCCCUUGAUUUCAUCUCCAAGGAAAACUGUGGCAUUGGGAUGCCAGCUGUAAUAAAGGGUCUUACCUGAGGAAACUUUAAAAAGCCUUGGUGGUCUCCAGGCUAUUACAGCUGAUCUCUGGAUCUGAUAUGCCAAGGCUUUUUUUUCCCAGCUCUAUUGUAGGUAUCUAGGAAUUGUGUUGGCCGUUACUCUGGCUCUUCCUUGCUGGUGAAGAAUCUUGCUGAUGUUCUCCAGCAGCAUAAAUUAUGAUGAGGGUAUUAUGAACUAUAAGGGAAACCAUUGAUAUGAAGGGGGGGAGGGCAGGUGUGUCAGAGUGGAGGUUGCUGAGGCUGGCACGCCGAUGAGAGUUAGAAACUUCUCUGUUUACAUUUUUUCACGUGCAACAUUCCAUGUGGGGUUCACAUGUGGAAACUUGCACUAAUGAACUCAGAAGAAUCUUACAUUGUUGUCUCUCAGUCCAAGUGCUUGUACUGCGAUGGCAAUGGGCUCUUCUUGCAAAAUACUUUUUUCACUGUGCCAAUGUCUGUUUGAAAAACUGUGAGGUGGUUGAGCUUAAGGAGCAGUGGUAUCCUCUUUCUGCUGCAGCUGGGCUGACUCACUGGGGCUUCCUCCUGGAAAGGGGACUUCCUGCAGGUAAAUUGCUAACUGUGUUAAUUCCAGCGAGUGUUUUCUCAGCAUACGGAUCAUGCUGCCUGCUUUCAGUGCUAGUUUGUCCACACAAACCUCAGCUGAAGUCAAUGGAGUGAACAUAAAAUUCAGGGUAGGAUUUGGUCAAGUCUUUCUCUUAGGUACGUUUCAGUUCCUGCAUCAGGGAUUUUGGGUCACCUGUCUUUAAGAGGUCAAUGUGAAGAGGGGCAAAUUGCACAGACUGUUUUCCCACUGAAGAUGACCAGCAUAGAAAGCAGACUGUUUCUCAUCUAGCCUAACCAAAGAAUGUAUUAAUUGGGAAGCUGUGAUCUGCCUUUGCAAGUCCAUAUAUUUUUCCCAGUGAACGUGGAGUAAAAGUUUGAAAGAGUUGAUGAUCUUUGAAGUUCCUCUUAGGCUAAUCUCCAGAUUACAAAAGCAGUGAUGCAGCCAGUAUGCACACCUGGCAUGGGAAUGGACCCUAGACUGAAUGAACAUUGAGACUAAACAAGUUCUCUGGUUUUCUCCACCACUGAACCACUUGUUCUCCACUUCCCUCAGUGGAAGCCACGCUUCCUGCCUCUUCUCAGACCACCCAGAUGUCAGAACUGUAGAUGACACACACGUGUCAGUGCAGGAGAUGCUUGAGUGGGUUUGCCACACAAGUGUAGAAGUGGUCUCGUUGAUGUCAUUGAAGCUGCUCCUUGUCUUUUAAGAUAAGCAUAAAUGUCCUCAUCUUACAGCAUCAGAUUCACACACAGUGAGGUAUUUGCUCAUUGUGCAUCUUCUCCUCCGUGUAGACACCUGGGGAGUGUUCUUAGCUGGCAAAUUAGCUAUGGAAGUAGCUGGCAUGUCACUUAGGAGAGAAACAGACUUCUGUAGUUUGAAAACAAAACAAAAAUAGACAAUGCAGCAGAGUUUGUUGCAAACUUAUCUUUGCAUGUUUCACAGGAGCUUGGCACAGAAUGGUUUAGCUUGGAAGGGCCCUUAAAGAUCAUUUAAUUCCAGCACCCCUGCCAUGACCAUAUUUAAAUGGUGACAUUAAUGAGACCUAACCUUGCAUUUUAAAAGUAUACCUGCCAUGUCACACCUUCCUAAGGGGCACUCUUCUUUCCUCCCCUGCUUUUGGAUACCAGCAUCUUCACUUGAAACGAUCUUAGAUCCAAGAAGUGGAAUGUGCACAUAGCAUUUGCAUUGGAAAGAGAGAAUGGGCUCCAUUCAUGGCAAUUCAUGCAACAUCAAAUAAAAUAUUUACAGUAAUGCAAAAUAUGCAAAUGAACCAGCUGAUAUCAAAGGAUUCAUGUUGCUGCCAGAUGGAACUCUCAGUGUUUUAAAUUCCAAAUGACUGCCACAACGUUUUCCCUCCACGUGCAGGUACAAGCUUAUCUGCAGGUACGCAGAUCUUUUGAUAACAUGAAUUUACACAAAGCUCAUCGUGUUCCUGCUUGCACAUUUGAUAUGCCCCCACUAGCAGAUUCAGAGUGCCACUGCUGGGUGCUGUCCUCCUGUCUCACGUGGCUGGCUAAGGUGAAGCAUAGACAACAGAACACUUGCUACGUUAUACUCAAGUAGUGAACGCUGUGUGAAGGAGCAGCAUUGCAUUUUGCACUUUGCCCCUGGGUUUGGAAUCCCAUUUGACAGAUGAGUAAAAGCUCCUGCACAAAAAAAUCAAUUUGUUGUAGUCCUGGCAUAACUAUGAGGAAACUUGCACCUAAACAGCUUGACAUGGCAGGUGCCUGCAAGUGAAGGUGUGUGCAGAGAAUCCCUUUUUAUUGCACUAAUGGCCCUUGGUGGUGUUCUCCUCUCCAUUUGUGCAUUGCUUCUCUGUUUAUUACAGCCCAUUCUCUAGAAAUGGCUUCUUUGGUGAGUUUUAGGCAGGUUGUUUUAUUUGAAAGCAGUGCUAAGCCUAUGCUAAGCUGAAGGAAAGGCCGCUGUCUUAAAAGUAGUAUUUCCAUUCCUCAUUGGUUAGCUGAUCAAUGGCUGAAUUAACUGAUACCUGCCAUUUGUGGGGGAACUGCAUGAACUCCAGAGCUCUCUGGGCCCUAAUCGCUUCUUCCCCCUGACAUUUUUGCUUUGUCACCAAUAUUAUGACAUACAGAAUCUGCUUUUGAAGGUGUGCUGUGCAUGGAGCAGCUUACUUACUGUUUCUGCAACAAGAACAUAGCUGGGUUGUUUGGGUUUCAAAAAGUAAUGUGAAUUUUGUUAAUCCAAAACUACUUCCUUGAUUAGCCAUGAGAUUUUUUUUAAGUGCAGUUACUGCUUGAAAAUUAAAUGUUAGGAAUGGCCUAAAACUUGAAAAAGACUGCAAAACAUUCAGUUUCUUUCUACAAAAUAACUAAAACACAGCAGUGAUCCCAAAGGAGCAGUUUUCUCUUCCAUCUUUACACAGGGCAGCUGAGUGGAUGAUGCCAGUGGAGCAUUUAUAGGGACUGGGUGUUCCGCUCCAAGACUGUGCCAGGCAGGGUGAGUAAACUGCCCAUACUCAGUUCAGGCCAGAGAUUGUCUUGGUAGCAGGCAGCAUGAUUGUUACCGUGAAACUCUUGAGGAGCAGGCUUGUUCCUCUAUUUUAAGUGAACAAGGAAUGGCUUUGAAGUCCUGAUUCAAAUGGCUGCAGCCUUAAGCCAGACAGUUAAGAGUCAGCCAGGGGAAAUUAAAAUGUCUUUUUGUAAAGAUGAUACCACGAGGCUUAAGCUGAACCAGCCUUGUUUGCAAGUGAAGGAUCUGGUGCUGCUUUCAGAUUUUUAAUGUUAUGUUUUGUUUUGGGUUUUUUUGUAAGCUUUAAUCCCUGUUUGUCAUUGUCUUAAAGCUAGCUGGUGUCUAUUGUUCAUCAACUUUGGUACGAUAGUGCUUUGCAAGGAUGUAUUUAUAUUAUAAUGACCAAUAUUUGGUCAGCCCUAAUCACUCAUUCACUAACUUUGUUGUGUUUGUUUUGAUUUGGUUUGAUUUUUGUUUUGUUUUCUUUGUAAAAUAAAGUGCUCUACUUGUCAGGUGUAUAUAAACCUUGUACAAAGACCCUGUCCAAUUAUUGCUAUAAACUGAGUUGUAACAAAGGAAAUGUUGAUUUUUAUAAUAAAACUAAGAGUGAAAAAAGGA